AUGCAGAUUCAGGAUGAAGAUUUUGCUGUACCGCAGGGAUAUAAGCUGCCAAAGCCGUCAGGACCAUCGUUUAAACCUGGAGGCUGUGGCAGCGGCCAAGUGCGCCAUGCUGACGGCAGAUGCGUCAGGCCUGAAGUACACAGCCGCGUGUUUCUGUACGAUGUGCCAGCGAAUCAAGGCCCUUCCACCCAACCAAAGUACGUUCCCAGACCUAAAUUGGAACGCAAUGUCAUUUUCGUGAGACUUCCGGAAGGGGCUCAAGGACCCGCCCCCAUCGUCGUUCCUCCUCCGCAGCAACAACACGUAGUUUUCGUUCUUAAUAAGCAGUCGGAACAAAAUCAGCAGGUGAUCGAGCUGCCUGCGCCGCCAGCAUCGAAUCCUGAAGUGUUCUUCGUGAAUUACGCGGAAGGAGAAAACCCAAGUCUCCCUAUUGGGGUAGACCUCCAAACUGCGCUGAAUUCCGCUUCUCAGGGCAGUGGUCAAGUUGUGGGCGGUGGAGGAGGAGGAGGCUUUGGAGGUUGGAGGCGGAAUUGGAGGUGGUAUUGGAGGCGGAGGUGA